UCCCCCAUCAUCAGACAAGCAGAGUAGAGCAGGACAGAGAGAGACGUGAGCCAACAAGUGCAGAACAGAACAACUCCACAAAGAGAAGAGAGAGGAGGAUAGUUCCCUUUGCAAGGACAGAACAAGAGAAGAUAAUCAAGCCUUUCAGAAAACACCAACAGGAGAAGAAAUAUGAGACUGCAGCACAUUUAAAUCCUCUAACCUUCUUUGCUCACCAACUGAGGACUUAUUUGUAGUCCCAUUUUAUGUUGAAACAGUUAGAUUUCUUUCCCAUACUACAAGAGGCUACACACUGAUUGUAGAAAACCUCACUGUGUAGUAGAACUUUUUGAAGAGAGAAGGAGAAAGUGGGAGAAGGAAAGAGAAAAUAAGGCUUUUUUGGAGCCAGGAUUUGAGAAGCAGGAGGCUGCAGAGAUGGAGAUCAUGCCCGGGAGAGGAGCUUGUUCUGGGGCAGGCAUGGGGAGGUUACCUGGGUACCUGGUGUGUGUGCUGGUUCUCUGUGCCCUGGUGACAGGCUAUGCCAGCACAUGCCCUGCCCUGUGCACCUGCACUGGCACCACAGUUGACUGCCAUGGGCUGGGCAUCAAAACCAUGCCCCGGAAUAUACCUCGCAACACAGAGAGAAUGGAACUGAAUGGGAAUAACCUCACACGCAUCACCAAGACGGACUUCUCUGGACUCAAGUACCUCCGCGUGCUGCAGCUGAUGGAGAAUCAGAUUGGAGCGAUAGAGCGUGGAGCGUUUGAUGACAUGAAGGAGCUGGAGAGGCUGCGCCUGAAUAGAAACCAACUGCAGAACCUUCCAGAACUGCUGUUUCAGAAGAACCCUGCACUGUCACGUCUAGAUCUGAGUGAGAACAACAUCCAGUCCAUCCCCAGAAAGGCUUUCAGAGGAGCUACAGACAUCAAGAACCUUCAGUUGGAUAAGAACCACAUCAGCUGCAUCGAGGACGGAGCUUUCAGAGCACUGAGGAGCCUGGAAGUACUGACUCUGAACAACAACAACAUCAGCAGCAUCCCAGUCUCCAGCUUCAACCACAUGCCCAAACUACGCACCUUCCGUCUCCACUCCAACAACCUGCACUGUGACUGUCACCUGUCCUGGUUGGCCGAGUGGUUAAGACAAAGGCCUACGAUUGGUCUGUUCACCCAGUGCACUGCUCCAUCCCCGCUUAGAGGACUCAAUGUGGCUGAGAUACAGAAACAUGAGUUUACCUGCUCAGGUCACUCAGAGAGCUCCGGUUUGCAGCCUUGCAGCCUAGGGGGAGGUACGUGCCCUGCCAUGUGUACCUGCAGUAACAACAUUGUGGACUGCAGAGGGAAAGGCCUCACAGCUAUACCAGCCAGCCUUCCUGACACCAUGGCAGAGAUUCGCCUGGAGCAGAAUGGGAUCAAGUCAGUUCCUCCCGGUGCCUUCUUUCCCUACAAGAAGCUGCGCAGGAUAGACCUGAGUAAUAACCAGAUAUCUGAAAUAGCUCCUGAUGCCUUCCAAGGCCUGAGAUCUCUCAACUCACUAGUCCUGUAUGGGAAUAAGAUUACGGAGCUUCCCAAAGGAGUGUUUGAUGGACUAUAUGCCCUGCAACUACUGUUGUUGAAUGCUAAUAAGAUCCACUGUGUUCGGGCCAAUGCCUUCACAGACCUGCAGAACCUCUCUCUUCUGUCUCUGUAUGACAACAAGAUACAGACUGUGGCCAAGGGCACCUUCGCUUCUCUCAGAGCUAUACAGACGCUUCACCUAGCCCAGAACCCAUUUAUCUGUGACUGUAAUAUGAAGUGGCUGGCAGACUACCUGCGCUCCAACCCCAUAGAGACCAGCGGUGCCCGUUGUGCCAGCCCCAGACGACUGGCCAACAAACGCAUCGGGCAGAUCAAGAGCAAGAAGUUCCGCUGCUCUGCCAAGGAACAAUACUUCAUCCCUGGCACCGAGGACACCCGUCUGAAUAAUGAGUGUAACAGUGAUCCAGUCUGUCCUCCUAAAUGUCGCUGUGAGUCCAACGUGGUGGACUGCUCCAACCUCCGAAUCAAAAAGAUACCAGAACACAUCCCUAUCUCUACCACUGAACUUCGUCUGAACAACAAUGAGAUCACUACACUGGAGGCUACAGGAGUCUUCAAGGCCCUCUCCCAGCUCAACAACAUUAACCUUAGCAACAAUAAGAUCACGGAGAUCGAGGAUGGGACGUUUGAGGGGGCGGGGUCUGUCAACGAGCUCCAUCUUUCAGCCAAUCAGCUGGAUUCUGUCCGCAGCGGAAUGUUCAAGGGACUGGAUGGACUACGCAUGUUAAUGUUGAGGAACAACAAGAUCAGAUGUAUCCAUAACAACAGCUUCACCGGCCUGCACAACGUUCGCCUGUUGUCUCUCUAUGACAACCAGCUAACUACCAUCACCCCUGGAGCCUUCGACACCCUGCAGACACUGUCUACACUUAACCUCCUGGCUAACUCCUUCAACUGUGACUGUCGUCUGGCCUGGCUUGGUGAUUGGCUGAGAAGCAGAAAGAUCGUCACGGGCAACCCUCGAUGCCAGCGCCCCGCCUUCCUCAAAGAGAUCCCACUACAGGACGUGGCACUGCCUGACUUCCGCUGUGAAGAGGGAGUGGAGGAGAUGAGCUGUGUGCCCAGGCCUCAGUGUCCCAGUGAGUGUACAUGUCUGGAGACUGUGGUACGCUGCAGUAACAAUCACCUCCAUGCGCUGCCCAAAGGCAUCCCCAGAAACGUCACUGAAUUGUAUCUGGAUGGGAACCAGUUUGGCAUGGUGCCAAAAGAGCUUUCUACCUUUAAAUACCUCCAGUUAGUAGACCUUAGUAACAACAAGAUCAACUCUCUCACCAUCUCUUCAUUCUCCAACAUGAGUCAGCUCACCACACUGAUCCUGAGUUAUAACUCUCUGCGCUGCAUUCCCAGUCUGGCCUUUGGUGGACUGCGCUCCCUUCGACUACUGUCUCUCCAUGGCAACGAGAUCUCCGAGCUUCCUGACGGCAUCUUCAGUGAUGUGGCCUCUCUGUCUCACCUGGCUAUUGGUGCCAACCCCCUGUACUGUGACUGCCGUCUGCUCUGGCUGUCUGACUGGGUGAAGACGGGCUACAAGGAGCCAGGCAUCGCCCGCUGUGCUGGACCGACGGGCAUGGAGGGCAAGCUGCUGCUCACCACACCUGCCAAGAAGUUUGAGUGCCACGGUGAGGUGGACAGCGGCGUCCUGGCCAAGUGUAACCCAUGCCUGUCCAGCCCGUGUGUCAACCAAGGGAUCUGUCACAGUGAUCUGGCAGAGAUCUACAGGUGUAGCUGUCCUCCUGAAUUCAAGGGUAGAAACUGUGAGACUUCUCUGAACGCGUGUGUCAGUAACCCCUGUGUCAACGGGGGCACCUGCCAACUUGAUGAGGAGGAGGAGGCAGCAUACAGCUGUGCCUGUCCCCUUGGCUUUGACGGUCCUACCUGCCUGACCAACAUAGAUGACUGUGAAGAUAAUGACUGUGGAAACGGAGCUGCCUGUAUAGAUGGAGUCAACCACUAUACCUGCCUCUGUCCACUGUACUACACAGGGGAGAUGUGUGAGGAGAUGGAGGAUGUGUGUGCUCCAGGGGUCAGUCCGUGUCAACACCAAUCUACCUGUCUCAUCACCUCUACUGGGCCCCAGUGUUUGUGUUCUCCGGGCUACGUGGGUGAUGACUGCAGUGUGGACUACGAUGACUGUAAGGAGAAUCGCUGUCCGAACAGAGCUCAGUGUGUCGACCAACUCAACGCAUACUCCUGCUCCUGCCCUGAUGGCUAUAGUGGUCAGUUGUGUGAGGUGCCCCCCUCCCCGCGGUCUCUGUGUGACCUGGCAGACUGCCAGAACAGUGCCCCGUGUGUGGAACGGGCAGGCCGGGCACUGUGCCAGUGUCUCCCUGGGUUCGGAGGGCCUCGCUGUGAGAAGCUGGUCAGCGUUAACUUUGUAGACAGAGACUCCUACCUGCUGCUCUCUGACCUCAAGAACUGGCCCCAGGCUAACAUCACACUGCAGGUAUCUAACAUCUCACUACAGGUGUCGACAGCGGAGGAGAACGGUAUCCUGCUGUAUAAUGGAGACAAUGAUCACAUCGCUGUAGAGAUGUAUCAAGGUCACGUUAAGGUCAGCUAUGACCCUGGCAGCCAGCCUGGACAUGCUAUCUACAGUACUGAGACAAUCAACGAUGGUCAGUUCCACACGGUGGAGCUGGUGACCUUUGACCAGAUGGUGAACCUGUCCAUCGACGGGGGUCUCCCCACCACCAUGGAUAGCCUGGGGGGGGUCCGUCCCCUUAACGGGGAGGCUCCGCUAUACGUGGGGGGUAUGCCCGUGGACGUCCACUCGGCAGCCUUCCGUCUGUGGCAGAUCCAGAAUGGCUCCAGUUUCCACGGCUGCAUCCAGAACCUGUAUAUCAACAACGAGCUGCAGGACUUCACUAAGACCCAGAUGAAGCCGGGCGUGGUGCCAGGCUGUGAGCCCUGUAGGAAGAUCUACUGCCUGCAUGGUAUCUGCCAGCCGGACGGGCCACAGGGACCAGUCUGCCACUGCCAGCCAGGCUGGAGCGGACCACACUGUGACCAGCCUGCCGACAACCCAUGCCAGGGCAGCAAGUGUGUGCAUGGGAAGUGUAUUCUCCUUGACCUGCAGUCGUACCGCUGUGAGUGUGUGGAGGGUUACCGUGGUGCCCUGUGUAACCAGCAGGGGGAGCUGUUUAACCCCUGCCGCAGCCACAACUGUAAACAUGGACAAUGUCAGACGUCUGAUUCAGGAGACGCCUACUGUCACUGUGAGGCUGGAUACAGCGGAGAGCUCUGUGACGCAGAGUCAGAGUGUCGAGGGGAGCCUGUGAGGGAUUUCUACCAGGUGCAGCGUGGAUACACCAUCUGCCAGACCACACGCAUGGUCUCCUGGGUAGAGUGCGCCGGCGCCUGCGACACGGGUGCCUGCUGCGCCAGCCAGCGAAUGAAACGUCGGAAAUACACCUUUGAGUGCAGCAACGGAAGAUCAUUCAGCGAGGAAGUGGAGAAGACCAUCAAGUGUGGCUGCGUGGGCUGUAUGUAGCACGCUUCACACAAACCUGCUAUUGCCACCGCAGCCGAACGCACCACACAGAGAGAGAGAGAAGAAGAAAUAAGAUAAAUAGUAUAAAGAAAUGUAUAUAAAAACCGCUAUGUAUUAUGGACAACAAUCUUUAUAAAAUAGGACAUUACCUCCUCUUUCUUUGGGUGUGUGACGUACAGAAACACAGAAGAAAACACAACAACCAAACCAUUGUAUCUGCAACAUUGUUUCGAAAGGGUUCUAAAGAUGUGAAAGGUGUUGCAUUCAGAGCAAGGACUCAACCAACCCCUCAUACACACAUGGUCUCAACCUCUGGCCUCUUGGACAUCAUCCAUUAGGUCCCAGAUAGCCUCAGCACCAUCUCUCAUCUUUUCUUCCUGAUGACAGUGUGCGUAAUGUAGCGUCUGGCCUGGUCAGGGCGGCAGGAGGGAAGAGGUACAGAGAUAUUGAAAGAGAGGGAGGAGACUGGGGUUGGGCUAGAGUUGAGUUUGGUUAGGCAAGGGCUGGAGUUGGGCUGGAGCUGAGCAGAAGCUGGGCUGGAGUUGGGCUGGAGCUGAGCAGAAGCUGGGCAGGGCUGGUAUAAGCUUGCCUGGGCUGAGUUGAGCCAAAUAAAGUCAGGCUUAGCUGGGCUGGGCCGGAUUGCAGUUGAGCUGUGCUGGGCUGAGCAGAGCUAGGGCUAGGUUGGGCUAUAGCUGGUCUAGUCCGAAGCUUAUUUGACUCCUGGAGUCUUUAGAACAAGAUAUGUCCAUUAUUUUCUUUAUUUAUAACACUACUGCACUGAAAAUCAGUGCCCUUCACAGUGCACAUACAUACACAUACACCCACCCACACAGUAGAGAAAGGCCUUGUCUGAGCAGAAGGAAACACACACAAACACACAUUUUCUGUCUGAGCAGAAAGGUCAUUUCAUUAGAAGCAAUACACAUUGUGAUGCAGGUUGACUCUCCAUUUCCCUACUGUAGGCUAUAAGCUAUAACCCCAUCUGGAGCAGGCAGUGCCCGUUGGAGACCCAUCUCCCAGCAUGCAUUGCCUCCGGAUGAUUUGCAUAAGCCCUCCCCCUUUGAGCAGGAUGAUUAGGCCCCUCAAUGCCUUCAGUAUUAAACCUGUGCAAACUGUUGUAUGCAAGAAGUUUGCAAAUGAUUAUGUAAAGCUUUUUCUUAUCAUGAUGUAUAUUAUUACAGAACAAAGGUGCAGAGUAUAAUUUUUUGUUUGUUUUGUUAUGUCUAAUUUCAAUUAUUUGUUUUGCAUUACAGUGCCUUGCGAAAGUAUUCGGCCCCCUUGAACUUUGUGACCUUUUGCCACAUUUCAGGCUUCAAACA